GCCUAUGAUGCACACUCCAGCCUCCAUGGUGAUGGGGAUUGUCUUUUCCCCCUUGGGUUUGGUCCUCGUCUUCACUGCCGCAAUCACCCCUCAGUGGAGAGAGGGACAGGCACGGUUGGGUAUGUCUGGACCAAGCUCAGUGCUUCGGUCGGAACUGAAAGGUCAAGGGUCAGUAGAUUCCCUGCUGUUGCUUCGCUCUGAUGGACUUUGGGAGAGCUGCCUGCAAGUGGAACACUCAGAGCUGAAGCAGUGCUGGCCUGUAGCAGGUCCAUAUCAAAGAGACCCAAGGGUUCGUCUUGCUCAGGGUUUGGUCCUGACCUCAUUGUUCCUGUGUGGCAUCGGGAUUGUUCUUGCAUGCAUUGGGGUCCGAUGUUGGACGGAUCUUCCUCUGAGAGGUGUUGCGGCAACAGGCGGACUCUUGGUGGUGAUUGCAGGGGUGCUUAGUCUGACCGCUCUUGGGGUGUACACGCACAACCUCGGAAUUUUGGGAAUGGGAAGUCAAGGGAUUAAUAAUCCCAGGCUCCCUCACCUUAGCCUGCAUGCAGCAGGCUCGCUCUACUUUGGCUGGCUGGGUUCAUGUUUGCAGGUGCUGGGAGGAAGCGCUCUGCUGUUAAGCUUCAAACGUCCCAAAUGUCCAACCUGCCCGUCCUGCCCAGAGCUCCCUGCUUGCCCUGCGUGUCGCUCAUGCCCAGAGAUCACUAACAAGCCAGACACGGAUGUAUAUGAAGUCAGCUGUUAGACUAUAAAGACUUUAAGUCAACAUGAGUGAGCAUAUAAUUCCAAUAUAUCAGCAAUUCAAUCUGCCAGCAAAUGAAGUGAGAUAAUUCCUAAAUGACUGAUCUGCAGGACGUCACCACUGCCUGACUAAUGGACUCUAAUGUCUAUAAAAAAUUAACAUGAUGGAUGUA